CUCUGCACUGGUUCCAUUGUGCCAAGCAGUGCAACAUAUCAUCAUUGACUUUCAUAUUCUUAUGUUUGAUCGGUAUAUUCCUGCACAUGACACCAGACCUUUCAUUCCAAUGAGAUCAGUCCUCACCGUUUGCAUUAGCGACAUCACAUAUUCGAAUGCACCAAUCAUAUCGACUCUCAGUGAUUGGUUUCCAAAUGCAAAGAGUCUUGAGCUAUCUUGUAACAGUAAUGAUUUUAUACACGCUCGAAAAUACAAUUCCGACCCCCCCACUGUCUUCCUGGAGACAGGUAAAAUUAGACUUGUGGAGCGGACACUCAAGAGACUUCGUCACUCUCGAGACCAUCUUCCUCUCCCUUUCUUCUGCCUGUCAAAACAUAGAAUCACUCUUCAUCAAAAGCACUAAAGCUUUCCAAUGGGGCAAGUCAAGCACAACCAUCAAAGCAUGUAAAUUACCUUAUCUGACUGAUAUCCAUCUUGAAUUUCGUCGGUCUGAAGAGCACUAUGCACUUCGAUUGAUAAAAGACUUGCUAUAUGACGUGAAUCCUGGUUUGAAGUUUGUCAAAGUAAAAGGUGUACAGCUAGGAAACGUAGUAUUGAACAGUGUUGAAUGGUCCCGAACAUCUUCAGAUUGUGGGUUGCAAAUUAAAGGUGCAUCAGCGGCUGUACCCAUAACUUCGUUAAUUGAUCUUACAACUAGUGACUUUAAAGAUGUUACUGUUCUUACACUUGUCAGUUGCAAGACUGAUUUCGGUCAGUCUGAAAGUAAGUCCCUGCAAAGCCCGAAGGAACUUGGUACUCUGCGGGAAAUCAGGUUCGUUGGUUCAGAAAACCCACUUUCCGAAUCUGACAGGAACAAGGUUUCGGAGUUGUAUCCUAAUGUCAAAGUGACUGAAAAACAGGAGAGUCAGGAAUCAUCUGAAGAAUCUCAGGAGGGUGAAGGAAUACCUUCCAAGUUGGACAAAGCCUCCUCUCAAUCACUCAAAACCUCUCCAAUAGAUGAACUUGCUGAGGAAAAGGUUGAAUUUCAUGAAGAUACAGUCUCAAAGAACCCUGAAGGUGGAGAAGAAGAAACCUCAUGGCAAGAAAAAGAAGAGGAAUUUGACGUCAACCAAGGAAGCCUGCCCCGUGUAUCAGUACCUGAUGAAGGAGAUGUCGAAACAACCAAGAAGGAGUGCUGCAAGAGAAUUGGAGCUGAUGGUGGUAGACUGCGGCUAGAAUCCUUUGGGAUUGAACUUGAGAUACCUCCUGGUGCAAUCGACAGCAAAGAGCCACAAGAAAUCUCUCUUCAUGUCCUGACCGAUACUCCUAAUCUUGGUGACACCAAAGACGAGAUGUCAGUCUGCUUUGGUGUACAGUGUCUAGCUCCUGAUGACUUAGUCCUUAGGUUACCGGUGACUUACACAAUACCUCAUUGCGCUGUUGCAACACGGUACUCCGGUUUAAAGGCAGUCUUGUACACUGGAGAGGGGGAAUACUCACCGCAUGCAGUUGUUAAAGAACGGAAAGUACUGUCAAGGUCUGGAAUACCCAGCUGUAAUAUCAUGAAGGACGUACUCGAACUCAAGAUGAAUCAUUUUUCGUGGGCGAAGAUUAUGAUCUGGAUCAAGAGCUUCUUCUUCCGCGGAAAGAGGAUGUGCUUUUGGCCAUUUAAACAGAUGAACCUGCCCCUAGCUAGGACACCUGUUAUCUUACAUGCACAUCUACUUGACGAUGUGAAGGGGAACAAGGAGGUGGAAGAGAAGGAAAAGAAACUAGGAUUCAUUCCUGCUCAUAUCGACGUACUUGUCCUCGUACAGGAGGCAGAAGUUGAUCUUGAAAUGGGAUGUUAUGUCAAGAACGAGCAAAUUGGAGACACUGCUGUCGUAGCAUUCUGCAAACUUAAGAGUUUGACCAGGAUUUGUGAGGACUUUGAACUGGAUCUUGGUAAUCAUCCUGAUAUUGUUGCCGUAUCAAUUAAAGCAGGACAAACCAAGAAACUCGAGGUCAAAUGUUUAUUUGAGUUAGACUUUCACAUUCCUCAGAAAUUAGAAAAGGUUUCGCCACUAGAUUCAGCAAUAGAGCACAGUGCAUCAAGUUCACAGACGCAGCAGACAUCAAUUCAAAUACGAGAGGGGACCAUAGAGAUCAAUCCAGCUCGAGAGAAGGACUUUGAUGACAUUCUAGAAACCGUUGCAGAAAAGUUUGCCUCGCGUCAAGAGAUACAUAAUUUGGGAAAGUCUCUUGGCUUUGGACCAGAGGAUAUCGACCGUUUCGUUGAGGAGAACAUGAAAGAGACAGGAGUGUCCUACAUAGGAACUCUUUCAAUGCUCCGAAGUGGAGAAAGAAGCAAACAAAGAAUACAGAGCUGAAAGCCUUGCAGACUGCUCUAGAAAAGGCUGGUGAAAUCCAUCUCGCUGAUGUACUAUUUGGUGAAUGAUUGAAUGGACCUCAAGAGUUUUGUGAACUAUGAACUAUGUUGUUCAAUGGAGGAUUAGAUAGAGGCAGUCAGUUGGCAGGUCCUCAAAAAGUAGCUUCUUUUAUCCUAGUGAUAUUCAUGAUUAGAGGGUGUUUGCAUUAUUUUCAUGCAUUAUUUUAAUUAUUUCAAGUUGUUGUUUUACACUUAAUUUGUGUUUGAGCCAGAAUGAUCUUUCGAUUAUGAUAAAGCUGAAGAUCUUAGCUUUAAUAUGAUAUUAAAUAUUAGUUUUAUAAGAAGAAGUAUUUUAGAUGGGUCACCAGCCAGCUUUUCAUAGGCCAAGUACAUUUACCAGCUUAUAAAACAAGAAUACUUCACUCCGAUUGGUCAAAGAGACCACACACCCACGCAAAUUCCAACGUUUCCACACUGGUCAUCUGCAAGGUCACACGCACAAUGUGGUAACCUCUUCGAAUUACCCGCGCCUGUUGUUUUAAAAACAUUAUUCACCCAAUCAGAACACUGGAUUUUAUGCUACUCAGAAAUUCCAGAAAUUUCCUCUCGUAUCUUGAUGGAAAAAGUUGGGUGCUGACCCAUAUAAGAGGUGCCACAUACAGAAGAAGAAAAUUCCGUUUGAGGCAUCUAUUCAGGCCUGAAAUUCACUUAUCAAAUUAUUUUAUUCAAAAGAAACGACCAAUAUAAAAGAGUAACAUUUACCCUUUCCUAUGGUAUAAGAAUGAUCAAUACUAUUUGAAUAGAAAGUGGUUAAAUUCUUUCAGAUUUGAAGUCUCACAAUUCACGAGAUUGUGCAGGAAUAUCUUGCUCAUUUGCUUACUACCAUAGGGAAAGAAACAGAUAUAAUGAGAGAAAGAUAAACAAGAUUAGUUUAAUAUGACGUCUGUAGCUGAGAAGGGGUGUGCGAACAUGCACGGAUGAGGAUGUGUCUGAGUGUGUAAGAUCAAAUGUUAUUGAUUCGUUGUGUUUAUGGGAGUAUGUUUGUGUGAGGGUGUGUGCGGGUAAGUGUGUGUGUAAUUGACGCAGCUGAUUGCAAGGUGUUUAUUUGCAUUUUAUGAAUAUUGUAUCAUAGAGUCAAUGCAGUUCAUUGAAAUAAUCUGAUAUGAAGUUUUUUAAUAUGUAUUUGGUUAUGUUAACGAAAUUCUUGGAAACUCAUUAAUUCAUGAUUUAUGUACUGUAUUUCAAAAUGAUGAAAUAAACAUUUUUAAUUAUUUUCUUUUUUGGAUAUGUACUAAAAUUUGAUACACAGAGAGGCAUUGCAAGUUGUCGUAAUAUAUAUUUUGUACUGUAUUGAUUGAUUUUCUUUACAUAGUGAAAUAUAUCACAAAGGAUGCCAAUUAUGAAAAUUGAUAACAAAAUAGAAAAGAGAACAAAUUUGAAUUUUAUCAAAAGGUCGAACUGCCUUUGCGAACGUACACGGAUGAGGAUGUGUCUGAGUGUGUGUAAGAUCAAAUGAUAUUGAUUCGUUGUGUUUAUGGGAGUAGGGGUAUGUGAAGGUGUGUGAGUGUGUGUGUAAGGGCAGGUAUAUAUUAAUUGACGCAGCUGAUUGAAAGGUUUUUAUUUGCAUUUAAUGUAUUGUAUUAUAGGGUCAAUGCAGUUCAUUGAAAUAGUCUGAGCUUAAGUUUAUUUACAUGUAUUUGAUUAUUUUAACGAAAUUCUUGGAAAGUCAUUAAUUCAUGAUUUAUGUACUGUAUUUGAAUUAAUGAAAUACAAAUUUGUUAUUAUUAUCUGAUUUUAAUGAAAGUAAUAAUAUUGCGUCAUUUUGUUUGAUUUAAUAUAAACGACGUGUUUUCAAGGUACUGCGCAGAGAGGCAUUGAAAGUUGUCAUAAUAAAUAUUUAGUACUGUGUUUAAUGAUUUUUCUGUACAUAGUGAAAUAUAUCACAAAGCAUGUCAAUCAUGAAAAUUGAUAACAAAAUAGAAAAGAGAACAAAAUUUGAACUUUGCUCAAUAGAUCGAUAGAUCACCAGUGGUGAUUUUUUGGGGCAUUGCAUUUUUACAUCCAAAUUGUUUGCAUUAAUUGAAAGCAAAUAUCGUUCAUUUCCUAUUCAGGACAUAAAAAAAUAUUUUUUUAUUUCAUUCUCAACAAAAUAUAAAUAAAAAAAAUACAAUCAUAACAAGUCAACAUCAUAAAAAAAUAUACCAAGUUCAUGAAAUCAACUCGAAAAAGACAUGUUAUAAGAAAGUUGCAUACAAAAUAAUCAUUUGUAAAUGAUUUGUGAUUUAUGAUUUGUGAAAAUUGAGGAUCCCGCUAAAAAGCAAAGCUUGUAUAUUGUAGGCUCCUCAAAAUAUGACAGACGAGAAAUAAAUUUUAUAGAUCUUAUCAUGCAUGCAGUAUUUUCUUUUUUAUUCAAAUCGAUUGAUCCACCUGUUUUUUAAUUGAUAUUUUUCAUUAAAAACACAUACAAAUACAUACUAAAUGAUACAUGUGAAAUUGACAAAUAAAAAUAGGAGGAUAGCCGGGCUCAGCAGUAUCAAUCAUGGUGUUGCUGGUCUACCGAGGGGUCCUCAGUUUCAAUUUGCCUCCAUUGCAAUGCCCUAUCCAGAGUCGCAUGUAUGCACGUUGAGAUUGUUCAUCAUUGUUGGCCACCCCCACCAUCAUUUCAAGACCUAAAUGUUCUAUCCAACAAAUGACAAAGGGGUUCUAUUUUUUUUUAUAACUUACAGCGGUUGAAAUGAAAUAACACUAGUCUUUCACAAAAAUUAAGAUGUCUGUUUUGUUUUAGAUGUUUCGUAUCCUUUCUAUUAUGCGUGAAUUGGAUGCUGUGUCAGAAAUAUAUAAAUAUGUAAUAUACAUGCUUUCAUACGUUACACAAGUGAGUGAAACUUAUUACAUGAAGAAGAAACGUGUUCAAUUAUGGAUUAUCCAUUAAGAAUAUUUCAGAUUACAUUCUUAGAUUGACCUGUACAUAAAGCUCAGCAUUUCCUUCACCUAAUAUGCUUUUAUUUUCAUACAGCAAAAUGUCAUUUUCAGCUUUGUAUUCUUUAUUAUUUGUCAUAUUUUUUAUGUUUAUUUCUCUUUGUUAUUUACAAAUUAUCUCACAUUCUUGUUUUAGAAUAAUGAUUCUACUAAUAAAUGCAUAUAUAAUCUUGUUUUAGAAUAAUGAUAUGAAACACCUAAGAGGGAUUAGUUGGCAAUAUAUUUACAUGUAUAUAGGUUAUACAUUCUACAAUAUUUUUGCUCCAGUCUUUCAUAGCAGUUUUUAAUACAACAAAAUAAAAUAAUGUUAUUCGAAGAAUACACGGAGAAUUUGUAAAAUUAUCUUAGGCAUUUGGAUAUAUACAUACAAAUGCACGUCAAAUAUGUAUUAACCAAGACUUGAAGAGAGAAGAUUGGCAUGGGGUAAAAAAAUGCAGAAAAAUCAAAUCAUCCUCUGUGUAUUUAAAGACAAGGUUACCUCGAAAAAAAAUAUACCAACAUAUCUCUUCGUUUUAAAAACAUCAACAAUGUCAAACAAGAACACAAGAUUUGAAAAUAGUCAAUUGCCCUUUUUGGUUGGUUUUUACUAGAAAAGGCAAUGGACUAUGGCCGCCCCUCCCCUCAUACAGUCGUUUUUGACAUCAUUAAAAUUUUGCCCAAAAUGCCAGUCUCCUCUCCUGCAAGUGGUCUCUUUGUUUAAAUGUACGAUUCAUAUCAUGUUAUAUUCAUUUUUUUUUUCUUUUACGAUUUUCACCUAAAUUUGUUACAACUUUUUAAAUGUACGGUUUUAAAAUGUUUUUUACAGUGUCAUUUUAUUGUGCCUAUAGAAAUUUGUAAGCAUAAAUUUUCCAGCUUCAGCUCUGUAAUUUAAUUUAAUGAAUUGUUAGAAGAUAUAUGAAAAAUUAAUAACGCAAUAAUUGUAUUUUAACGAUGUCUCAGGUAUUCAUGGCCUAUUCAUGGCCAUACGCAGCAAGGGGGGCAUGGGGCAGUUGCCUCCAGAAACGUAUACCUUAUACUGAAAAUCUCAAAAUUCACCAAAAAUGUGAACAAAUUUCAAUUUCAAUUUAGGAAAUGCAGAAGUGCCACCCACCCGACAAGCUCGAUUGCUUUGCUCCCUCGCUCCCGAGUUUCUUUAAAAAUGUUUUCGCAUUUUGCCCCCCCCCCCCCCGGAAAACAUAUCUGGUUGCGCCCAUUGACCUUUGCCUCGUAAAGUGAGUUUUUUUUAUUGCAAGCUGCUCCGUCAAAAAAAUAGAAGAUAUAUGAAAAAUUAAUAACGCAAGAAAUGUAUUUUUGCGAUUUCUCAGGUAUAGACCUAAUCAUGGCCAUACACAGCAGGGGGGGGGGGGAACCUGGGGCAGUUGUUUCCAGAAACUUAUACCUUAUACUGAAACUUUCAAAAUUCACCAAAAAUGUGAACGAAAUUCAAUUUCAUUAUAUGAAAUGCUGCUUACGGCCAUUGACCUAUGAUUCGUAAAGUGACUUUUUUAAUUGCAAGCUGCUCCGUCAAAUAAAGAACACAUACACACAUUGCAUUCGGUUAUGUUGAUAUUUAAUAUAGAAAUCUCUUCAAUUGUGUUCCCAUUUCCUUUGUUUUUAUUGUACAUGAAAUGUUAUUGCAGUACUUUGGAGAAGGUAGAUACGUGACUAGGGAAUGUGAAUUUUUAAAAUAAUAUUUUUUUUAACCAGGUAAUCAGCAGGAUUGGUAAACAUGGUGAAUAUAAUCAAAGUACUAGAGGAGCCAGGUAGAAAUACAGUGUAUUCGUCUUUGAAAUAUUAUUCGAAUCAUAGCACUGGAAAACUGAAGAAAUCAAGAAACAGUUUUAGAAAUUCUCUAAAAGUUAUUUAUUUUCAUAGAUUCACACUAUCAUCAUGUAAUUCUACAAUAGAUAAUUAAUACAAUUAAGAUACUUAAGAAAUGUUGAUGAUAAUCCUUUACAAAAGAUCUAUUGCAAUUUAAAUUUUCGUUUUGUUUUGUGUUGCCUUCUUAAACAUACAUUUUGUAAUAUUGUGGGGCCAGGCUCGAUUAGCACUUGUGCUAUUUUCUGGUCCCAUUUACCAUCUUUUUUUUUAACAUGUGUAAAUGCUAUGCAAUUUGCU